GCGGUGUAUUACUGAUCUUUACAGAUCCGAUACACAUCCCAUAAGAACUGAGAACGGGGGAUCGACCCGGAGAUUAUAUCGACUAUUCUUGGUGUGUUGUUGCGCACUUUCAAUCCAACGCAGCCGGUUUGGAUGGUGCUGGAGAAGUAUUUCCCCAGCAUUGUGCACGUUUUAUCAACUUAAAUCAUUUUUGUCUUUGGCCCCAGAAAGUGUGUGCAGGCUCACUUUUCGUUUCCCGUGGUCCGUGGAGGAGGACCCGCUGUUGAUCUCAUUUUCCCCUUCUCUCUCUUUGUGCGCUCUCUCCCGUUUCUCCAUUCGCCAGACGCGGUCCGGAGCCGCAUCAUCAUCGUCAGCGGUGGCGCUGCUUCAGUCUGUCUACCCGUGCAGUCAGGACCCGGUGAUUUAAGUGCGCCCUGCUAUCAACCACAAUGAAUUCGGAUAUUAACAUGUACUUGGGGCGAGAGAACGCGGGGAUCAUGCGAAAAAGAGCCCUUUUACUCAGGAAAGGCUGCAGUUUCGAAAUAACGAGCUCAGCUUCAGAGGAUCUUGGAUGCAGGAGAGGAGAGUUCAGCCGGAAACACUAUGGAUCAGUUGAACUGCUCAUCUCCAGUGAUGCAGAUGGGGCCAUACAGAGAGCCGGUAGAUUCAGGGUGGAGAAUGGUUCAAUAGAUGAGACCUCUGACUACACACCUGGAACAUGGAGAAGGACUGAUGUUCAUUUGGAGAACCCAGAAUACCACACCAGAUGGUACUUCAAGUACUUCUUGGGAAAAGUCCAUCAGAACUAUGUGGGAACAGACGCAGAGAAGAACCCUUUCUUUCUGUCUGUGGUUCUGUCCGACCAGAACAACCAGAGGGUCCCACAGUAUCGAGCCAUCCUCUGGCGCAAGACGGGUACUCUAAAAAUAAGCCUUCCAUACAGUCCAACUAAAACACUAUCAGUCAAAUCCAUAUUAAGUGCCAUGAAUGUGGAUCGUUUCGAGAAGGGCCCUAGGGAGAUCCUUAACCCAGAGAUUCAGAAGGAUUUAUUGGUGCUGGAGGAACAAGAGGGCAGUGUAAACUUUAAAUUUGGUGUUCUUUAUGCCAAAGAUGGACAGUUGACAGAUGAUGAAAUGUUCAGCAAUGAAACAGGAAGUGAGAAUUUUGACAAAUUUCUGAAUCUCCUUGGUGACACGAUCUGUCUACAGGGCUGGGCGGGUUAUAGAGGAGGACUGGACACUAAAAAUGACACUACAGGAAUAAACUCCAUCUACACAGUCUAUCAGGGUCAUGAGCUCAUGUUCCAUGUUUCCACCAUGUUACCUUAUUCUAAAGAAAACAAGCAACAGGUAGAGAGAAAGAGACACAUUGGAAACGACAUUGUGACAAUUGUGUUUCAAGAGGGUGACGAUGCCUCCCCGUCUUUCAAACCCUCUAUGAUCCGAUCCCAUUUCACACAUAUUUUUGCCUUAGUUCGGUAUAAUAGCCAGAAUGAUAGUUACAGGUUGAAAAUUUUCUCAGAGGAGACUGUGCCACUGUUUGGACCACCCCUCCCUUCACCUCCACUCUUCACAGACCACCAGGAGUUCAGGGACUUUUUACUAGUUAAAUUAAUAAAUGGAGAAAAAGCCACUCUUGAGACCCCCACCUUUGCUCAGAAACGUCAGCGUACGCUGGACAUGUUGAUCAGGUCUCUGUACCAGGACCUCAUGCCUGACAUGCACAAGGUUCCCUUCUCGCCGCAGAACAUGCUGAACCGACGUUCUUUCAGCGACGUACUGCCAGAGUCUCCCAAAUCUGCCCGUAAAAAAGAGGAAGCACGUCAGGCUGAGUUCGUCCGCGUGGGACAGGCAUUGAAGCUGAAAACUAUAGUUAGAGGUGAUGCACCCACCAGUCUAGUCACUACAGGUCUUUGCAGGAAAGAGCCAUGGGAGUCACAGUCUUUCUGCAGUAGCUUCCCGUACGACAUAGUCUGUGGAGACUCAUGGGGACAGUCGUUACUAGUGGCCACAGAUUCAGCUGGGGUCAUGCUACUGGAGACAUCAGAUCCACUGUUGUCCAAUGCAGAUUCACCAACCCUGCCUCCAGUGCAAGUAUUUGACAAAACCCUAACUGUCAAACAAAUGCAUGUUCUUGAACCUCAGGACCUCCUCAUUGUUAGAGCAGAUAAGGGGAAAGAUGCUCGUCUUUAUGUUUAUAGACUGAGCACACUGAAACGAGGGAUAGAGGAGCGACAGCUUGUACGUACCAAAUGCGACAGCCGAGAGAACAAGCUUGAGAAAACCAAAGGCUGCCAUCUCUACUCAAUAAACACACACCACGCAGUGGAGCUCAGAAUCGUUGCAGCGAUAAGAAACAAGCUCCUUCUCAUCACCAGGAAACAGUCACGCCUCGAAUGCCUAGGCUCUUUUGCUACGGUGACGGGAGCUAGUGACACGCCUGUGGAAGAGUUCCAAUACAUACGGGAGAUUUGUUUGUGUGACUCCCCGGUGGUCAUGGCUUUGGUUGAUGGUCCAACAGGAGAGAAUGAUCACAUGAUAUGUGUGGCUUACAGACAUCAGUUUGAUUUGAUCAAUGAGAGCACGGGAGAUGCUUAUAGACUACAUCAUGUGGAUGCCAACCGGGUGAACUUUGUUGCUGCCAUAGAUGUAUAUGAAGAUGGAGAGGCUGGACUUCUUCUUUGCUAUAACAAUAUUUGUGUCUAUAAGAAGGUGUGUCCGUUUAAUGGAGCCACACCCAUGAUUCAGCCAAACUCCUCAGACUUCCAUUUCAGCUGGAACCAAAUGCCCAAUGCUAUUGUGUGUGCAUUCCCCUAUAUCCUGGCCUUCACCACUGACUCCAUAGAGAUUCGACUAGUCGUUAAUGGCAACCUAGUGUAUACAGCUGUUGUUCCAGAACUUCAACUCACGGCAUGCAGAUCUGAUAUCUAUUUCAUCUCAUCAGCACCUAUAAACUCAGCAUCUAACUGUAGCUCCAGAGACACUAGUUCCCAGAGUUCACCUCAGACUCCCACUGGUUACGAGAUGCCUGUCUUCCCUUCACCACUUGGAGAUGAUUGUAUUCGGAUCCCCUACGGCACCAAGCUAUCCCUCUACAUGUCUAAAGACUCUGAAGGUGAAGCUCCAUCAAAACACAUCUAUAAGAUCCCAUUGAGUAACCUAGUUGGCCGGAGCAUAGAGAGACCGCUCAAGUCUCCACUGGUCAAUAAAGUAGUCACAGCCCCCGCUUCCAGCAUGAUAGCCCCUGCCCCUACGAUCUCAACCGCACCUUCCCUCUCGCUGUCCCGGAUGGAGAUCAAAGAAAUCGCCAGCCGCACACGGAAAGAACUGCUGGGUUUGACUGAGGAACCCAGCAAUAAGUCAGACAGUAACUCUGUGAAACAGAGAAGAAUGAGCAAGAAAGCAAAGGAGGACGAUCAAAAGAGAACAGCAGAAACCAUUAUCACUGAGCAAGUGGAAAUGGAGUCUGUAGAUGGAGAAACUGACAUCCACCGGCUGUGCUUAUCUGGUUCUGAGAUGGAGCCACGAGAUGACAGCCCACCCACGGCCAGCCCUUUUACCUUCUCUGCUUCUUUUGAGGAGGAUAUUUUGGACCUAAAGUGAUGACAAUCACAGCUUGUGGGAUCAAAGUGCACCUCUCACCUUACGCAUCCUCUUAUCUUUUGCUUUUUAAUCUGCGUUUUAUCACGUUACGUUGAAUUUACUGAUGUUCCUCAGUCUGCCCGUUGAUCUGCAGUAUGCGGUGUGCUUUACACUUGGAGUUUACAGUGUGAUGUCAGAAUUUACCCCUAGUGGAUGUAUGAGUCUGAAAAUGUGUGUGUAUGACCUUAUGUUUACGUUACAGAAGAGACAGAAGUACAAUUAGGAAAUGAAAUGAUCAGUGAUCAUAUUAGAAUUCUGUUCGAAAGAAUUCCUAAAAACAAAAAUGAGAUCAUAAUUGAGGUAGUUUAUAUGAAUACUAUGACGGAAGUUCUACAUCAGCUUUGUAGCAAACUUGUAGCCAUAAGAACAAAAUAUGGUAUAAAAUAUAAUACCAUACCUGAAAUAUACUUUUAACUCCAAGCCCUGAAUGUAAGAUUGAGAAUGAAACAUUUUUAAUUCCUCCUUUUGUGUUUUUGAAUGUUUUCUAUGUUUGUGAUUUGUACAUUGUGUGAUUAUUUUAAAGUUGUAAAAACUAUAUGCAUCUCAAACCAGAUGCACACAUGAACACAGAAUGGAAACAUAUAUAGAUAUACAGUAUAUACCUUUCUAGAUAUUGUAUUAUGGACGAGACAAAUAAAACUUCUUGUAUAUUUAUAUUAAGGUUAUGGUUUAACCUGCCUCCACCCUCAACGUGUUCGUAAAACCCUGACGUGCAGUUCUUCAGCAGAAAGGGCAGGAGUCUCCCACAAGUGCCAUUCUCUCUACUGCACCCUAUUAUCUCUAGCGCCCUCUAUCGGACAGAACAUGAAUUGUGUUUCUCAUGAGGCAGAGAACAAACCACUCCAGAAUCCAGUUUGGGAUUUUGUUGUAGGCCUAUCUGUUGGAGUUUCCUGCAGCUCACUGUGCUAAAUGUAUAAGCUUUGACCCAUGAGCACCGCAUUUAGGCUUCAAACUACACAGUCAAUGCAUUUUUAAAGUGCUGUUGCUUCUUGAAAAGGGCUCUGGAUCACCUGCAUGCCUCCAUUCAAUCCCACUACAAAGUACAGGGGAUUUUAUGUAUGAAUAGUGUAGAAUUAGGAUGUAUUACUUUCAAUCUUUUCCUGGAUCUGACAAAUUGAAAUUGAAAGAAACUUCCAGGAAUUUAAGCCAGGGUCACAUAUAUUACAUGUUUGAUUUUGGGUAAAUAAGAGACAACUAAGUCUACCGUUUACAGUUCAAACUCAGAGAUGUUAAGAAUUUCAGCAUAAGCAUGACACCAGAAUAUAGCCUACGAAAGAGCCUCAGGAACAGCACAAGAACAAGAGGAUAAGAUGAGGAUAAACUGCUUGGCUGAAUGCAUGCCCCUCCCACUCGUACCUUCUAACACUUAACCUUUCUUCAUCCUUGUGAACCACUCAACACUAGUAGCAGUCUGGAGUGCCAGGGAAAAACAUGGAAAUAUUUUUGUAAAUGAAAGUUUUAAAUAUUAUUUAUUUGCUUAAAGGGGAAUGGGUGAGUUGGCUAGACUGACUUAUUUUUUUUUAGUUUUUAUUUCUUUUGCAUAUCUGCGUGUCUUUACCCUCCCUCUUUUCACUUAACUGUUUUCACAGUGGUUUUGUAUCUUGUAUCAUAUCAAUAUUAACUGUUAGACUGUUGCAGAAUCUCUGUGAUAUCGGAAUUAAACAAAAACGAAUAAAAAAACACCAAGUGUCUUAAAAUAUUGUAUUGCCAUUGUUUUUAAUGCCAAGUACUACUUGUAAAUGUGUGUGUGUUUCCAAUGUGGCCUCAAAAUUACUAUUAUUAUUGCUAUUUUAGCAUUUAUUUGAAGAAGUGCUGUAGAUCUCUGCUGUAGUAAAUAUUGUUCAUUAUUAUGAAAUAAAUAUUUAUGAAAUUUGACCCUGUAGUUUGUGUUUUACAGGAUUCGAGGAAUCAUUAUGAAUUACAACGUUUACUUGUUGUGACUCCAACUGUUGAACUGUUUGCACCUGACAAAAUAUACUAUCCCUUUAUUACUUGACUGCCACUCAUAUGAGGUCUGUCACUGUCCCGUAAAAAAACGGAAAUUUCUGGCAGCUGGGGCGCCAGAAAUAAACCAUAAAAAAACAUGAAAGUCUUUUCCUGUAAUUUUACAUUUUUUGGUGUUUUUUACGGUGUCAUUAAAAUUACUUUGUUUUACAUUAUACAUGGAAAAUCUGUAAAAGAAAAAAAAACUGAAAAAUUAUGUUUUUUACAGUGUACAGUAAAUGCUACAAUGGUAGGCUAUCGGAAGAGCACACCUUACUGUACAUUUUAUUUGACCUUAUAUCUUGGCCUUAUCCCCUCUAAAAAAAAUUGUGGGUUAUUCUUGACACAGAGUUGGAUCAAAAAGGAACAAACCCAGCCGCUGGUUUAAAAAUGAACCCCAAUACAUAUACAUAUAUAACCCCAGUUUAUAUUUGAGCCAACAAUAGGUUAAAACAACCUAGCAUGGAUAAAUUACAACCCAGUGGAUGGGUUUGUUCCUUUUUGACGGAACAUUGGUUUGACAUAGGCAUUUUGUACAACUGUACUGUACAACAGAAAAAAAACGUCCUAAACACCAAUAAACUAAUAUAAAGAUUAAAACAUGUAAAAGUCAGAACACAUUACAGAAAUAAAAAUGAAGAGAAAUUUGCUUAAUUUAAAAGAAUACUGUCACACUGCAGAUUUGCUUUGUCACCGCAUUGUCAUCUACUUAAAAUUAAAAUCAUCAAAAACAUUCACUUAAUUGGUAGUUUAUAUUUCUUAUUAAAAUAUUAGAGGCCCAUGAAAGAAAGGAAAAGAAAAAGCUAGAAAAAAGUCAAAAGAUGCUAUAAAAAUGCUCAUGGUAGCUUCUGUGUUGAGUUGAAUAUAACCCUCUUACACCAAUAAUUUAAUUCUUUUUUUUUUCAGAAAAUAUCAGAAAUCCUUUUGUUGUGUCAACACUGUAAAAACAUGCUUGGCUGUUUUAAGGUAAAAUAAUGAAUAAAAAAUAUGAACAAACUUAUUUUAAAUUUUAAACGAAAAUUAUUUUAAAGGUGGUUAAGCACUAACAAUGAAAAUGUUUUGCCACACUAUGUCUGCCUCUAACAUUUUAGUUUACUGCACAGGGCACUUUUUUAAUA